AUGGUCUCGGGGCUCGAUCUCACCUAUAUGCAGCGGGACGACGGUGACGAGCCUGCGUCGAUGGGCUCCGGCUUCCAGGCAAACAUCAGCGAUACCACGAAUGAUACCAGCUACAGCAACAGUCGGAACGAGUUCGCCGGAGACAGCAGCACCGGGAUUGGCGCAGAGGAGGAACAGCAUCAGCAGGAUGCCUACCGCACGCUAUACGACAAUUCCGGUGCCUACGUGAUGGACGGAGUGGAGGUUUCUGCCGGCGGAGGUAGUGCUGUGCAGCAGCAGCAGCAGCAGAACCAAAAUCAACCACAACAACAACAACAACAGCAGCAGCAGCAGCAGCAGCAGCAGCAGCAACAGCAACAGACUGGAGAUGUGGCUGAACAGGAUAGUAUGCGGCCGUGGACGGAGCUCAAGACCAAGGCGGGCAAGGAGAGGAAGAGGCUGCCACUCGCCUGUAUCGUCUGCAGGAGGAAGAAGAUUCGCUGUUCAGGCGAGAAGCCGGCGUGCAAGCACUGCUAUCGAUCGAGGAUACCAAAGGCUGCCCCGCGGACAGACUACAUGGCCAUGCUGGACAAGCGUCUCAAGCGGAUGGAGGAGAGAGUGAUGAAGGCCAUCCCCAAGGACGAACCGCGUGAUAUGGUAGGUAUCGGCCGUGCUACUGUGAAACCACACCCGCCAGGAUAUGCUUCACGGCCCGCUCGCGCUGCUCUGAAGAAACGGACAGCCACGGAGGCCUUUAGCGCUGAGCUCAGCGAGUGGACUCGCCCGCUCAUGCCGACAAUACAGCCGGUUCCUACUGUUACCGCUCCUCCCGCUGCUCCUGGAAAAGGCCAGGAGAUGAGCGUGAAUCUGCCUCCCUCACUACUGCCUCAUAUCAACACUGAACACAAGUUACUCUCCCAGGGAGCUGAGUUCCUCCCUUCCAUGGAGCUCCAGGAACACCUGGCAGAGGUCUUUUUCGACUGUGUCUACGGCCAGUCGUACCUCCUCCUACACAAACCAAGCUUCAUGCGCAAACUAAAAACCGAAGCCGUCCCCCCUGUCCUCACCUUGGCCAUCUGUGCCGUCGCCGCCCGCUUCUCUACCCACCCAGACGUCAACACCGAACCGGCCUUCCUGCGAGGCGAGUCUUGGGCAGACGCUGCCGCUGACAUUGCACUCGCCAGACACGAUCAACCCAACAUCACCAUCCUCACCGUCUUCCUCAUCCUCGGCCUCCACGAGUUCGGCGCCUGCCAUGGCGGGCGGAGUUGGUCCUUUGGCGGAAUGGCUCUGCGCAUGGCCUAUGCCUUGCAACUCCACAAGGAACUCGACCGCGAUCCCCUCGGCCAAGGUGGUAGUGCCUCAGAGUUGAGCUGUACGGAUAGGGAGAUCCGUCGAAGGACCAUGUGGGCCUGUAUUCUGAUGGAUCGUUAUAACUCUUCCGGCAGCCAGAGACCUCCCAUCGGCAACGAGAAGUUCCUACAGAUCCAGCUACCUAUCAAAGAGUCGCAUUUUUGGCGUGAGAUCCCUGGCCCAACGGAGGACCUGGACGGCUCAGUACCCAACCCUGUGCCAGAGGGGGUAGGACAACUGUCUAACCCAAAAAAUAACAUGGGUAUAUCCGCAUAUAUAAUACGAGCCAUCAUGCUCUGGGGGAAGAUUGUUGACUACCUCAACCUGGGCGGCAAGGCUAAGGAUCCCUGCAGACUAUGGGAGCCAGAGUCCGGAUACAACCUGCUGAAAAGGCAGCUCAAGGACUUCUCUUCCUCUCUGCCAGAGUGUCUCGUUUUCAACUGGGAGAACCUACAGAACUACGCUGUCGAAAAGAUUGCAAACCAGUUCAUCUUCCUCCACAUCGUCAUCCACCAAAACACCUUGUUCCUCAAUCGGUUUGCCAUCCCGCUCUCGCCUCUAGGGCGGCCACCGAGAGAUAUCCCCAAGCCUUUCCUGAGCGAAGCAGGCAGAGCAGCAGUCGAGGCUGCGAACCACAUUUCCAUGCUGAUCGAUCAGGCAUCUGGAUACAUGCUAACCGUUCCAUUUGCUGGUUAUUGCGCCUACGCAGCGAGCACGGUUCACAUCUGGGGUAUAUUUUCAAAGAGUCCACAGCUAGAAGCGGCCUCCAAGGAGAACUUCCGACAUACCUAUAAAUAUCUAAACAAAAUGAAGCGCUACUGGGGUAUGUUCCACUACAUGGUUGAAAGCUCAAAGGAAAGGUACAGGCACUUUGCCGAAGCCUCACUUCGCGGUCGGAUAGUUCCCGAAACCAGCAAGGGUGGUAGCAACCAGGAUGUGCCGAUAUUCCAAUACGGUGAUUGGUUCGACAAGUACCCCCAUGGGGUAUCAAAGCUGCGCUGGGAAGACCCCGAUAUAGAAAUAAAAAAUGAGAGCGGCAGCGACGCAGUGAUGGCGCACCAGUCUGACCUCCAGAGCGUUGAGGAGUUCUUCACCAGCUUAUCUCCGGUCUCGCCAUCGGCAGGAUCCAGGAAGGAGGUUAAACGCGCAGAUGCAACAACACCGUCCGACAAGGCAAGGCGCCAUCUCGGUUCCAGAGGUAAUGCCAAAUCUCAGUCUUCCAACUCCUCAACGCAAUCUCGUGUUGUCCCCAAUAUGUCAUCUCCCGAACGACAACAGCAACAGACACCGCGGUCACAGCCAAUGCAACAACCAGUCUCGAACCCCGUCAACUCUCAAAUUCCCCCACAACCAGGGCCUCUACCAAAUCACGUUAGUAACGAAUACACCCACUACAACAACAACCCGAAUAUGUACCACGCGGAUCCCGCCUUCAGCGCCUCCGAAUAUAAGUUUCAUCCUCAUCCCGAUCCACUCCCACAACUAGAUCGACAGCUAGUAUAUGAUGCCUAUACCGGCGUCGAACCUAUACCUCAACAUCCUAUCCCGAUACCAUCUUCCAACAACCCUCACAUCCAACCACAUCAUCCAGUACCACCCCAGCCGCAAGCAGGUCACGGUCCCAACCCAAAUAUGAACAGCUCCUUCUGGAACAACAACAGUUACCAAUCCUACGAUAUGCAGCCUCCUAUGAACUGGAACGGCGAACUCAUACAGUCCAGCGCAUGGUUCCUACCUUUCAAUUUAGACCCGACUGGUCUAGACGGUAACGUUUCACAGCCAGGUGCCCCCGCAAGCAUGCCAGCAGGUCCUUCUCACUCCCCUCAAAACCCGGUCGUAUCAUCCGGUAUGACAAUGAGUGAAGGCGGCUAUUACGGAGGUCCAGCAAUGAUGCAUCCCGUCGGUAUGGGCUUAGGCAUGGGAGAACAUGCCCGGUAG